AGGACCUCGAAGCUCAGGGGACGCUAUACCACCUUCGACGGUUCACCGAGCGCCCACCAUGCGCCCAUCCCCAGCCCUUGCCCUGGCACUGAUCAGAGCAGCUUCCCUCUUUCCAUUAUUCACCUUCGCUGCAUUCGUCGCCCGCCAAGACACCAGUAACGAAUCGAUAAUCUCCUUAUCAGCAGCAUCAACAACACCCGCAUUAGCCAGCGCCAGCUCCACCAUUCGCCUUAUUCCAGCCUCCCUCUCUGACUCCGUUCGACCGACUCGUAGUACAAUUACACUUACGCCCACGACUUACACCAUCACCCGCAGUCACCCGGCCCCCUCUUCAGCGGUUGCUCAGGGAGAAAACCACACCUCUCGUCGGGGUGUGAUAGCUGGAGGGAUACUAGGCGCCCUUGCCGUUAUUGCCGCAGUCAUAAUCACACUACUCUACCUCAAACGCCGAGGAUCAUCCUCCCCCUCUGCAGCUCAUCGCAACAGUGGGCGCUGGAAACUAAACAGCGAAGGAUGGAGGAACUUCGAUAACAAGCCUACGCUUCCAGAUACACCAAGGGCCUCGACCUUGGCUUCACCUACAAGCCUGAACAAGCCACCUGCUGCCUCUUUUGCAGGUGAUAGGCAUCUGGGAAGCCCGACAAGGGAGAGGUACCACCAGGACUAUGACGAUAUCACCAUGGUGCCAUUACACUCCCCGCACAGUACACGCCCACUCGUCCAAUCAGAGGACCCUUUCGCCGAUCCCGAUCCUCUGCAGAGAAGAUGAGGAGUGCAGAGAACAUGAAAAUUUUGGUUGUGGCUUUUCGUUCAUGCUCGCUUUCCGUCUUUUGACGAGUGGAUCACAGGACUCCCAAUGAAUU